AUGGGCGCAAGUGAGGCGCAAUGGGGGGAGGGCGCACAGGCAGUGAGGGGAACCGCGCAGAGUGUCCAGGGAGGCGGGGAGGGAGCGGGAAAGGCGCCAAGAUGGUUGGGAAGACACACUGGCGCUCAGCCUGUGAAGCAGGACGGACGUGCAGAGGUUCAUGAGGUUCGGCAGGAGGAUUGGCAAGAGGCUGGGGAGGAAGGGCGGGAGGAGGGAUGGUGGAAACCUAUUCUGAAGUAUGGGAAGAAGCAGGAGGUGCAGCAGCAGGUACAGGAGGAGGUAGAGGCAGAGGAGGAGGUGCCUAGAACCAUGGUGCAAGCCGUGACAUGCUUCUUGAGGCAACCGGGAGUGCUGCUAGGCAUAGCUGCCACGCUAUCUGCCACCUGCUUGCGAGCCACGCACCCUCACUGGGGGGUCCAAGAUACUGCUGUCGCUACAGCAGCCGUGUGUUGGUGGCUCCUGCAGGAGUGGGUGCUUCAUGCGAAAUUGCUACACAGCUCCUUCCCCUGGUGGGGCCGGUCCAUUCAUGCGAAGCAUCACAGGCGGCCGUACCAUCAUGUGUCGGUUGACAAGCCAGAUGUGGUUGUCCCAGUGAUUGUGGGUGCUGCCAUUGUGUCUCGCCUAAUUUUCGGGGCAUCGACUCUUUCGCUGACUGCCCUCAUGGCCUACUAUCUUAUGGCUAUCACAUAUGAGUGGACUCACUUUCUAGUACACACUCACGUGCCCAUGCAUUCGUGGAUUUCUCGUUCCAUCAAGAAUGCUCAUAUUUCUGCGAGAGGGUGUUUACUCCUUUGCUUUCUGGUGGUGGCAUAUCCCUUUGUCGUCAGAUCUGCGGACGUGACGAUAAGGAGCGUGACGCUCGAAAGAGAUUUUCUGGGUCUGAACGCGUUGGGCGUGGAGGUGUUCAUGGAGUGUGUUAACGAUAAUGUGAAGAUUACGCUGCCAGGCGUUGCGACGAAAGGCGUCGCUGUUAACUACACCGGUCAAGAGGCAUGGCAGCCUGUGAUGAAGCUGAACCCGGGGGAGUGCAAUAGGUGCACCGUUUAUCAAAGGAAGAAGGCUCUGUUUGGUAUCCCCGCACCUACGGCUCAGUGGACCACCUGCUACGCCAAUUUCACCGCUGUCAAUCCCAACCCCCCUUCGGGCUCUAAGCUGCAAGCAAUGCAGCCCAGCACAGGGUUCGUGACGUUCAAUAGCCCCACUGAGCUGAUAGCCGUGCUGGCUUGCCCUGACUGCAACCAGCCUUCGCCUCCUGAAGCUGAUUCGUCAUCGCCUCCUGCCGACUCCUCUGCUGGCAGCAGCACCAGCAACGCUGCAGAUUCCUCUUCCGCUGCCUCCUCUCCCCCAGCCUCCACCGCAUCUGGUGUACCUAGCAAUGUCACCUCGUGGAUGGCUGAUGCACCCACCACAGAGGAGGGCAAUUAUGACGUGACUACGUACGUGGCGAUUGGCGCGACGCUGCUGUCAGUGGGGGUGGUGCUGUUUGUGGGAAUCAUCGUGUUUUACUUCUGGCGCAGGGCGAAGGUGGCUCAGAAGGAGGCGGACAUGUACAGGGACCAGGCAGAGAAGAGUCUGGAGAGAGGUGCAAGUGAGGGGGAUGAUCUUCCAGUCUCUGGGGAGGCUAGGGUAUGA